AAAAGGCAACGCGGUUUAUGGUACGACGUGUCGUUUUCCAGCUCUCUAACGAGACCAUGAUUAAUGUUAAAACACCUGACACGCUGACUGAACCGGAAACAAAAGGAAACGGAAAAGAAAAACAUUCCCGGAGAACAAACACCAAAAAGAAAAUUCAGUUUCGAUCCUAAGCUAUUAUUCAUAGACGGAGACUGAUUGCUCUCCUGUUAAAGUUGAGAGCUUGAGAGAGAGGGAUGGAUAAAUUCAAGAGCAUGUUAAAACCGAAACCAAACCCACAACAGCAAUUGAGGGAUUGGCAGAGAAAGCUACGUCAAGAGUGCCGUAACAUUGAGCGGCAAAUCAGAGAUGUGCAGAGAGAGGAGAAAAGUGUACAUAAGGCAAUUAAGGAGGCUGCCAAGAGAAAUGACAUGGGCUCGGCUAAGGCACUUGCAAAGGAGAUUGUGAUGUCGAGAAAAGCCGUGAACCGUCUUUAUGAAAAUAAGGCCCAACUGAAUUCAAUAUCAAUGCACCUUGGAGAAAGUGUUGCAAUUGCCCGUACUGUGGGUCAUUUAUCUAAAAGUGCUGAAGUCAUGAAACUUGUCAAUAACCUUAUGAAAGCUCCAGAAAUGGCUGCCACAAUGCAAGAAUUCAGCAGGGAAAUGACAAAGGCUGGGGUUAUUGAAGAAAUGGUAACUGAUGCUGUUGAUUCAGCACUGGAUUCUGAAGACAUCGAAGAGGAAAUUGAAGAAGAAGUUGAUAAGGUCCUAACAGAAAUAGCUGGUGAGACAGCUGCUCAGCUUCCUGAAGCUGUCAGAAAGGAAAGAGUAAGGGUACCUGCCCAAGAAGCAAGCACCUCACAUGAAGAAGAAGCUAUUGCAGAGGGUGUAGAUGACGAGGAAGAACUAGAAGAGCUAAGGGCUCGGCUAGCCAAAGUCAGAUCUUAGUUCGAUGCAUGCUUAUUCACUGCAUUUCCCUCGGUGUUUAUUGAAGAAAAAUGAAUGAGAUUAGAGGCCAUUGACCUAGUUACCAUAAUUUUUGCAGAAAAUGUAUUUCUGCACUUGUCAUAUCAGUUUGUAUAACAGUACUACCACUUUGAUUUUACCUCUACCUAAAACCCCUGGUAUUCCCCAGACACCAUUUAUGUGUCGUGUAAUGUAUCGAUGCUUCCCCUGUAGUUCACACCCUGGAACACGCUACUGCAUAACAUCAUCUAAUGAUGCAAAAAUACUUGGGAGAACUAGCACUCCCUGAUGUCUCA